AUGGGCCUAAAUCCUUCGGCUGAAAAUGGUCUGAAUCGCGUUUUUUUGGAUGAAAAGGGUCCAAAACGGCCUAUUUUGAUGCUUAAAAAAGAAUCCGCCGCGCACUUUGAAUACCGUACUACUUCACCAAUCAAGUCGUCUCCACCAUUGAAAUCAUCGAUUGCUCAGCAUAAAUUCAAGUCACCGAUCAAGAUCUUGCGUCGUCGUCUCAGCAGCAACAGCAGCUCGUCACUGAAAAUGUCGGUAACGGAACCUGCAGAUUCUGGAAGAAGCUCGGCCACGACGGCCACGGCCAGCACUCAACAGACUCUGCAGUUCAACAACUCGGACAUUGAGAAUGACGACGAUCGAGACGAAGUCGAUGGCGGCGGCGGCGGCACGACGUCAUUAUCGCCAGACCGUCGCCGCGCACUGCCAGACUCGGCGCCGUUCCGUGUCCAAAUCGCCAAUAUCUCAUCACAACACAUUGAAGAAGAGCUCGUCUACUAUUUCGGUGGAGAUCAAAUCAAAUCAAUCGAUAUUCGGAAAGAGGAUGGAAACGCUGAAAUCGAAUUCGAGUCGAAAAAUGGGCUGAUCCACGCGCUGACUCGUCACGAACAAGAAUUCAAGGGACGCGUUCUGAAGGUGUACGUACGUCAGAAUCGAGAAUCUGUCGCGCGGGUGACGUCGCGGUAUGCGGGAGACUAUCGACAGUACGAGAGUGCUGAUAGUCAUUUCAACAACAGCGGACGACGUGAUCAUCGAAACAUGAGCAAUCAGCGGAAUCAUUAUAACAGUCAGAGCAGCUUGAACAGCGAUCGACACUCACAAUCGGGCAGAUAUGAGAAGGGAUCACGCAAUCACAAUCACUAUGGAACAAUGCCGGCUGGCGGAUAUCACGAUCGUCGUGGAGGAAAUCGAAACAAUAACAGCAACAACUACGGUAACAACGACUACAAUAAUCGCAGUUUCCGAGCGCCACGGCAACCGUAUGAUCGUCAACACAGCGGAGGCUACGAUCACCAUCACCAUCAAAACGGUGGACCCCUUCAACGCUCGGGCUCUUAUCAGCACAACUCCUCCAGCAAUGAUUGCCGCCUAUCAUCUCAAAACUAUCAGUAUCAACAUCAGCCGGGAUCCAUCGCCGCCCGAUCGUCUAGGACCGAAUCAGCGAAUUACAAUGAUAAUGGAUUCUCACGAACGUCUUCUAGAAUGUCGCUAUCGCAGAAUCCAGAAGAAGUGGCGCCCAAGAAGCCGGCGGCGAAUCCGUUUGGAGAUGCGAAGCCAGUGGAUACACAGGCCAAGUUGUUGGAAAUGGAGAAACGAAGAGCCGAGAAGCAGAAGGAAGUGAAGGAUGAGCAAUUGGCGGGAGAUCAUGAAUCAGCGGGGGGCACCACCACUACCACGACGACAGCAAUAUCCCAUGAGAGUGUGAGAAGCGGUGGCUCCUCGUCUUUCAAGCAUCAGAAUCCACGUCACAACUAUCAGAAGGGAGGGCAUCAUAGUCAGUAUCAACAUCAUCCCGACGAGCAACACUCUUAUAAUCAAGGAGCACCGCCUGGAUCGGUUGUAAUCAAAAAACGUGAAUCCAUCGAUCAUCAACUCCAUCAGAAUCAGAAUCAGAGUCUUCUGAAGGACGACGAAACGCCGCCAGUUGAUCCGAUUCAAUAUCCGACCGAAGAUGCUAAGAAGAUGUCGACGGCGUCAGACUCGGCUCAAUCCGAAAUGAACAAAUCGACGUCAUCUGAAGCAGCUCCAGCCGCCGCCGCCACGUCAUCAGCAUCAUCGUCACAUCAUCAGAAUUCUUAUCCACGUGGCGCUCGAGGACGUCCAUCGCUGAAGCCGUACACGGCACGAGGUCACCAUCACGGACAUCAUCAUCAUCAACUUCAGAAGUCGGCGACGAUGGGACAAAUCGAGAAGACGACGACGACGUCUUCUAAGGAUUCUGGAGCCGCUGGAGAUACGGUAGCUGCUGCUGCUACUGCUGAGAAAGGAGGAGCAAGCUCCGCGCACAAUCAAUCGGGCCAUCAGAAGAGAAGAUACGCUGAUCGUGGUGGAUACAGAAGAUCAUCGAUUUCUGGAGGCUCAGAAUCUGGAAAAACUGAAAAAUCGACGUCGUCGGUGACAACAACGACGACCACGACGACGGCUUCACGUGGCAAUUAUCAGCAGAGACGUGGAGGAGGAAGAGCGGGCGGAGCUUCCCGAGGGGCCUAUUCAAGCAGAAAGAGUCAGGAUGGUGGGGAGAAGACGAUAAUUGAGGAGGAGAAGAAGGAGAAUAAUCAGAAGGAUGACAAAACAACGACGACGUCAACUAGCACCGCAAAGCCGCCUUCAGAAUCCGCAGAAGCAUCAAAACCGACGACGACGACGACGUCGUCAUCUGGAGACGCGUCAGCUGCUCAGCAGGACGCUCUACAGACGCCGUCUACACCGAAAAAGAACAAGAAGGACAAGAAGAAGGAGAAGAAGAAGGAGGCGAAACAGACGCCACUCGGGAAUAACAAGUUUUCGGCGUUGCUCAAUGUUGAUGCUUAG